AUCACAAAGCGAAAAAGAAAGAAGAACUGAGAGAUCAGCAAUGGGGAGCUUAAGAGUGAGCACAGUUGUUGUUAUUGCAGUAGUGGUUUGUUUCUCCAUCCUCCUCAUAUCUCCUACAGGGAGCGGUGCUGAAACGGAAAGCAUGUGAUUGCAGAUGAUAGAAAACGACGUCGCUUUGUAAUUUGUAGUGUGUGUGUUUUUGCUAUUUGCAUGUUUAUGCUUUUAUUUCACAUCCUAUGUUUUGAGUUUUUGCCUUCGUACUUUGUUGUUGUGCUUCUGUUUGUUUUGCGUUGUCAAGUCUCCAAUAAAGUUGUGGUGUUUCC